UUUGUAACAUCUCAGGCGCGUGUAGUUAAUAAGAUCCGGUUACCGAUAAUACAGCGGAAGGACACUGACACAGACACUAUGAAACAUAACUCAAUCCACUGGUUCAGGAAGGGUUUACGCAUCCAUGAUAACCCUGCGCUGCUGGCGGCUAUGAAGGAUUGUGCAGAAUUGCACCCUAUCUUUAUACUGGAUCCCUGGUUUCCCAGAAACAUGAGAGUCAGUGUGAAUCGCUGGAGAUUUCUCAUUGAGUCCUUAAAAGAUCUGGACAACAACCUGCGCAAGAUUAAUUCCAGGCUGUUUGUGGUACGUGGAAAACCUGCGGAAGUAUUCCCGGUGCUUUUCAAAAAGUGGAAGGUAACCCGGCUGACCUUUGAAUUGGACACUGAGCCUUACUCUAAACAGCGGGAUGUAGAAGUGGAAAAGCUGGCAGCUGCACACAAUGUGCAGGUCAUACAGAAGGUGUCCAACACUUUAUACGAUGUUGACAGGAUAAUAGCUGAAAACAAUGGGAAGCCUCCCCUCACGUAUGUCCGUCUGCAGACUGUGCUAGCGUCCCUGGGGCCCCCGAAGCGCCCGGCACCAUCACCCACUCUGGAGAACAUGAAAGAUUGCUGUUCUCCUUGGAAAGCUUCGUAUGAUGAGAGAUAUGGGAUCCCUACUUUGGAGGAACUGGGGCAAGAUGCUGGAAAGCUCGGACCUCAUCUGUAUCCGGGAGGAGAGACCGAGGCAUUGAGCAGGCUGGAUUGUUACAUGAAGAGAACGACCUGGGUGUGUAAUUUUAAAAAGCCAGACACCGAGCCAAAUUCCCUGACCCCCAGCACCACCGUGCUGAGCCCAUAUAUGAAGUUUGGAUGCCUUUCUGCUCGCACGUUCUGGUGGAGAUUGGCAGAGAUUUACCAGGGGAAAAAGCAUUCGGACCCCCCAGUGUCACUUCACGGUCAGCUGCUCUGGCGAGAGUUCUUUUACACGGCUGGUGCUGGGAUCCCAAAUUUCAACAAGAUGGAGGGAAACUCAGUGUGUGUUCAGGUGGACUGGACCGAGAACAAAGAGCAUCUGCAGGCAUGGAGUGAGGGUAGGACGGGAUACCCCUUUAUAGACGCCAUCAUGACGCAGCUGCGGACAGAAGGCUGGAUCCACCAUUUGGCACGACAUGCCGUAGCGUGCUUUCUCACCAGGGGGGAUCUCUGGAUAUCUUGGGAAGAAGGACAAAAGGUAUUUGAGGAACUGCUUCUAGAUGCCGACUGGUCACUGAACGCAGGGAACUGGCAGUGGCUGUCGGCUAGCGCCUUCUUCCACCAGUUCUUUCGUGUUUACUCUCCUGUAGCAUUUGGGAAAAAGACAGACAAAAACGGUGAAUACAUCAAGAAGUACCUGCCAUUUCUGAAGAAGUUCCCGGCUGAAUAUAUAUACGAGCCCUGGAAAUCUCCACGCAGCCUGCAGGAGAAGGCAGGGUGUAUCAUUGGUAAGGAUUACCCAAAACCCAUUGUGGUGCACGAGGUUGUCAGCAAGCAGAAUAUUCAGAAGAUGAAAGCUGCAUACGCCAAAAGAUCGGCAGCCACAGAGGAGAGAGGCGAAAGUACCAGCAAAAAGGGUGCAAAACGGAAAGCUGGGAAAUCUGUGGUUGAUUUUCUAGUUAAAAAGACAGCCAAAAAAACCUGAACUUUCAAGGAGAACAAUAGAAAAAAGCAUAAAAAUUCACAUAACUUGUAUUUUAUGUAUCUGUCCCCUGCACAUCAGUUCUGGGGCAUAUUAUAGUGUGGGAUAUACAGUCAUACGUCAUCAUUUUGCCAACGGAAUAGCAGAAUUCACCAUAUGGCUCUUUCAACAAAGGACUUUGUACUGUUAUGUUUUUUAUGUCAUAUUUAUUACAGAUGUACACAAGUGCAAUUUAAGGGAAUCGCUAUACUGCAAAAUAAAUACUUUAUAAGCAUUUAAA